AUGUCGAACCCUUAUUUGUCUGAGAAAGAAAAAGCCGAUCUCGAGCUGCUCAAGCAAGAAUUGACGAAAACCACAUCCCCUCCAGCAUAUUCUGAUUCUACCAACCAACCCUCAACUUCUCCCCCAGCUGCUCCUGUUGUUCCAGUUGCACAAGUCAUUUCUGAGCCAGUUAUUGCACAAGUACCAGUAGUGACUCCGGGGGUCGUAGUCACUCAACCGACUGGUAUGUGGAAACGGCCAUACAAUUCAUUGAGCUGGUGUGACUCUGAAGUCUGUCUUGCUUUUUGGGCGCAGCCUUGCUAUUAUGGAAGAGUUCAUGCGAAAUUCGAAGGCGAACAGGCCUGUUUUAGUGCUUGUUGUGCAAGAAGCUGUUUGCCUUGGUGCUGCUGGCUUCAAAUACAAAUGAACCUUCAUGACAACAUAGCUGCGCGAAGGGGAAUUCAGCAAGAGACUGGUUGCUGCGCUCAUCUUUACUGCUCUGCUUGUGUUCUUGCUCAGAUGUUUUAUGAAAUCAGCGAAUAA